CAUACUUUUGGUCAUGUAGUGUAUGUAUUGCGUUCUCUCUUUCCGUAAAUCCCCAGCUGUCUUCCUCUGUUUUAAUCUUCCUCAUAAACAUCCUCUAUCUAAUCUAUUUUUAGAAACACAAUACUCAACAGGUUGGAAUUCUCCCAGGGGGUGUCAAACAUCAGUCCCAGCAAACAGGAAGGAGUGGAACCCACUGUUUCAGGACCUCAUCACCCCCCCACUUUCCAUACUUCGCCCCCAUUCAUAUCCUCUCUCAGACCCUCUAUUGAUUAUUUCUUACAUUCCAUCCCUCCUCUCUCCUUCAUCUCGUCUGGCCCUUUACAGCGGUGACACAAAAAGAUACACAUCUCUCUGCUUUGAAUGAAAAAUGCGUGGUGAAUACUGUUACUGUCUGUGUCGUGGGUUCUGCUGAAUUCAUGCGGGUAUGUGUAUGACACAGGGUCAGUUCUCUUGCCGGUUUGCCGUCGCCUCUGUACGCCGAUGAUAUCAUCGUUUGACAUCAAUUUGGACAUACUCUAUGAAGAUGUUUGAACUCUUGAACUUAUCAUCCCCAGAUCAGAGGCGGGGUAUGGGUUCGAUGCAGUGUGGGACAGCUCCUUUUCAGGAUGGGGUAUAAAGAGCAAUAUACAGGACAAGCUGUUUACAUGUCCACCUUCUAAACAAGUGCUCUGCAGAGUGAGAGGAAACAGAAAGUGUAUGUGUGUGUGUUUACCAGAAUGGAGUGGAUGAGAAAAUGAACCCAGAAAAAAAAGGGUGGGGUGGGGCUGCUGACUGACUAUAAGUGCGUCCUAUUGAUCUAUACAGUAUGUCCAUCCAUGCGCAGGCCCAGCCUAGUCUCAGGGGAUGUUGCAAGAGAAAAACAGACAGAGACAGAGCUCUGCUAAAGAAGCAUCUUCAACUAUUCUGAGGAACUGUUCUCCAUCUUGUGCUUUCUCUGCUUACUCUGGAAAAAGGUUUUUUAUAUCUAUUUAUUUAUUUGAUUCAUCAGAGUUAUCCAGAGAGCUGCAAAGGUUUCAGGUUGAGUAGCCUACGAGAAGCCAGCGGUUAUGAGCCAAGCAUUUGACUGCUUAAGUGGUCACACACUCUGUGGAAUGAAACGGACAUCCUGUGUAGCCCAUCUUUACGAGAGAUCGUGGUGAGCAAACGCAUUUUCAGGUUAGUUAUGUGUUAUAAUCGUCUGCUCUUGGUGAGCGGAGCAGGGCUCCUUCUAACAAUCUCCAUCGGGCUGUGUGCCCCAACGGCUGACCAGUACUCUCGUGGAGUGGACUGGCUGAGUCGGUAUGGGUACCUGCCCCCUCCGGACCCCCGCACAGAGAGGCUCCAGACCAGGGAGGGCAUACAGAAAGCUCUCCGCCAGAUGCAGAGGUUUGCUGGGCUAGAAGAGACAGGAACACUGGACCAUGCUACUCUUUCUCUGAUGAAGACCCCUCGCUGUUCCCUGCCUGACAUUGUCGGAACGGAAGACCUGAGGAAGAGAAGGAGGAAGAGGAAAAAGAGAUAUGCUUUGACCGGGCUGAGCUGGAAAAAGAAUGAUAUCACCUGGAGUGUGCUCAGCUACCCCUCCCCCUCCCUGUCCCCCUCCCUCCACCCCGAACUGGUGGACCUCAUCCUCACCUACGCCCUCCGUGUGUGGAGCAACCCCACCCCCCUCAACUUCCAACUUCUUCGCCCCUCCCGGAACCACCCCAACCAAGAGGGGGACUUCAGGGUGUCCUUCCCCAGCUCCUACCAUGAGGACGGGUACCCCUUCGAUGGCAGAGGUGGCACCCUGGCUCACGCGUUCUUCCCCGGGACGGCAGACAUGGCGGGGGACACCCACUUUGACAAUGGGGAGAGCUGGAGUUACGGGUAUGGAGAUGACGUUGGCACCACUGAUCUCUUCACGGUAGCAGUGCAUGAGUUUGGCCACGCCCUGGGCCUCUCACAUACCUCUUCCAAUCCCUCCAUCAUGAGGCCAUACUACCAGGGGACUGUGGGGGACAUCCAGAGCUACACACUACCUACAGAUGACAGGCUGGGAAUACAGGCUAUAUACGGAAAGAGAAGAACGUCUGCCACGCAUCCCACUCCGGCCCCCACCACUCCCAAGCUACCUUUCCUGCCCAGUCCUCCAUCCCCAAGACUAACACCACACCCAGACCCUGCUCUGCCAGAUCGCUGUGAGGGGAAAUAUGAUGCCAUUGCCAACAUCAGAGGAGAAGUCUUCUUCUUCAAGGGUGCUUUUUUCUGGCGUGCUCAGCAGUGGGGUUCUCUGGUGUCUUUCAUCCCAGCAUUGAUCCACAACUUCUGGGUUGGGCUCCCCCUAAGGCUGGACCGGAUUGACACAGUCUAUGAAAGGAGCGACGGACACAUCGUCUUCUUCAUUGGAGCCCAGUACUGGGUGUUCAAAGACAGGGCCUCUUUGCCUGGGUACCCACGCUCCCUAGAGGAAUGGGGCAUGCGUACCAUGGAGGGUCGGCCACUGGAGAGGGUGGAGGCGGUGUUUGUGUGGGCACACAAUGGGAAAACGUACGUGUUCAGCGGAGGGGAGUUCUGGAGAUUUGAUGAAGGGGGGCAGGAAAGGAAACUAGAGGGGGGGUACCCCAAAAUGGCCUCCCUCUGGACAGGGGUGCCCUCUGACCCCGAUGACAUCAUCAGCUGGGGAGACGGAGAUGCUUAUUUCUUCAAGGACACCUCCUACUGGGUGCUAAAGAGAGGGGGAUUGGACCAGGGAAGUAUCACUCCAAAAUCCACAGCAGUGGAUUGGAUGAAAUGUAAGGUUGGUGGACCAACUCCCACCCUCUUACCCAAGAUGCCUCACCCUACAGGCAGAGACUGUGACCGGAGCAGAACUGUAACAAUACAAGCAUCUUAUUGGCUAAUCAUAGUGUCUGUUUCCGUUUUGUUAUUAGUUUCUGUAUGUUAGUGUUCACUUUUUUUUUCACUAACAACUACAAUGAUUACAUUGAUUUGGUGAAAAUGAAAUUAAAUAGAUAAAAUGACAGACAGCAAGCAGGGUUCAGGAGUUGUGACGAUUUCAGUGCUCAGAGGACUAUAAGACAUUUACAGUGUAUUUAAGUAUGUCCAUCUGGUCAUUAUGUCUUGUGAUGUACUGUAUGUCACCUGAUAUGAUGCAUGUCUUGUGAUGUAUGUUAUCUGUACACCAAGUAUGUCUGUCCUUUGUUGCAAAGACAAUUUCCAUAUGGGAUAUUAAAUUAUACUACUCUAUCCUA